AUGUCUAACUAUCUGUUAGGAAUAUCAGCAUGUAUCCCGAAAAACUGCUACAAAAGAGUUUUGGAGAAUUACAAUCCAAAGAUUAUUUGGCAUUCAAUUCAAUCCGUUAUUCCAACCUUAUUUGCUAUUUUAAACGGUGCAGUGGACUAUUUUAAAAACAUCAUGAAUACAUCCUCCGUCUUCGAUGCUACCAAACGCACCUAUUACAUUGACAUGAGCGCUCUCAUGCAUUCAUCACUAGUCCUUUUUUAUAAUAUAUUUUCAUCUGUGGAUUUUAUGAAAACAUCCAAAGAUGGUUCAGAAGAGGAAGAAAGAUCUCAUCAUUUAAAAAUGGAACGUCGAAAAUCACUUAUGGAGAAGUUGGAAAGAGCGAUGAUUGAUGCUGCUGUCGUUGAAGAUACACAAGGAGUAGAUGAUGCAGAGGAUGUUGUUUCCAACUAUUUUAUAAGUUUUUCCGAAAUCGUUCCCACACUGGACUGUGCUGUUUCUCUACUUCAGUUACUUUCCUGUGAUUUCAUUGAUGAACGACAGAAAUCCAAAGUUGCAAAAUCAGCACUUGCGUAUUUAAAAAGAGAAUGGUCUGAUGUAGAGGAAAGACCGGUGAAAGGUGCAAUAUUUAAUCAAGCGGUUGCAAAUAUUUUGAGAUUAUAUCUUUCAUUUCGGGAACAAACUGAGCGACUUUCUGCGAUUCAGUGGCUGUUAGCAAAUAAAGUAUCUGAGUUAGUUCCAGAAGAUGAGCGGCGACGAAGUAAAAUUUCAUCGUUAGAAUCAUGUCACGACAAGGAUUUGAAUGAUGAUGAAAGAUCUCUUUUUAUGUGUUUUAGCAAAACUACUUUUGCUUCCGUUUAUAAAGUUUUGUUCUGUUCACUGAAUGAAACUAUCAAAAAUGUUUUGUCAUUGCAAGCGAUUGAGAGGGGCAAAUUACAGCAUGAUGAAUGCCUUGCAUUUUGGAAGGUUGCCACUAGUAGUUUCUGUUUAUUAACUCUACUAAUUCGUGUCAAGGAGCUGCGGAAUGCUAGUGUAUUGUUAACUGCUGCACGUGAAGGACGGUCAUUUUUGCAGAGUUUUGUUGUCAAGAGUUCUUUUAUGUAUUUGCUAUCUGAUGAAUCCAGAUUUGCGAGAUAUGGUGCAGAAGCAACUGCCAUUCUUAAAACGGUACAGAUUGGUAAUCGUUCAUUACAGAAUAUGAGUGCUCAUGCAAAGAGUACCAAAUGCACAUCACUACUGAAGUUGUUACCUCAGCUGAGAGCAACAUCAGAGCAGUUUAUUAGAACAGUUCAUCAAUUGAUGAUUGGUGUCGACUGUGAUAGUGCAUUUCAAAUUGGACUGUUAAAGAGCAGGAAUUUAGAUGGUGAAGAACUGAAAGAAGUGGAAAUGGAAGUAGCAGAUUCUGGUGCUGAUGAUUCACAACAGGGUUCCGCAACUGGUGAAGAUGGGAACGGUGAUAUGGAACUUAUAGAGGAACAAAGCGAUACAGAUAUGGAUCUGAAUGAUGAUAGUCCAAUUUUUAGUUUUCUUUUCUCUUGCCGCUUUUUAAAUGAACAUUCCACAUUUUUUUUUUUUUUUUUUUGUGUAUGUUGA